AUGCCUCGACAGGACUACUCCCUCCCCCAGGUCGUGCCUCUCCCCAAGUUGGCUCAGCCCAAGGCUCCCGUCGUCGUCGACAAGUCUACAGCGAAGCAGGAGCAAGAGUCCCACGACAAGGAUACCGUCAUGGUCGAGCCCAACAACCAAGACAGCGACAACGACAGUGAAUACGAUAUGCUUGAUGACGAUGAAGAGAUUCUCAAGCUGAUGGAACCGUUGGAGAACAACCUAAGCGAACUGAACCUCAAGGGCUCGACCCACCCCACCACUGUCAAUGCUGCCGACACCACCACCACCACAAGCUCAUCAGCCUUUGUCGACAUGCUCCUUAACACUACCCAGCCACAGCCGGAUCCCAACAUGACAACAACUCAGAAUGGUGCGCCUACUUUUGCCUCGACCGAGAAUGCCUGUCUCGAUUUUUUCUUUGAGGUUCUCAAGGGUACCGAUGCGGACACCGUAACACGCCUUGCCCGUGCUGCCUGGGCGCAGUCUCCUCUCGAUACUCUCCGUCUCAUUUUCCAGUUGAGGUCCAUCAUCCACGGCAAGGGAGACCGCAAAGAGUUUUACUACUGUAUGGACUUUUUGCGUCAGGAACACCCUCGGACACUUCUCUUCAACCUGCGGUACAUCCCCGACCACGGCUACUGGAAGGACUUGCUGAACUGGCUUGUCUUUGAGGUCCGUCAAGACCGCACCGAUUUCGUACUGACCACACGGCCUGCCAAGACCAAGAAGGCACCCCGCCAAACUAUCACGCCCAAGCCUCGCCGACACAGGAUCCAGAAUGCCGACAAGGUCCAAGGAGAGGUCAAGGCGCCGACGACAAAGGUGACCAAGACGGCCGACGACCGCAAGCGCGCUAUCGAGGCGGCGGAAGAGAGGAACCGUCAACACUCUUUCAAGGCCAGGGAGGAGCGACUUGCUAAGAUUGAAGCCCGCCUUGGUUGCGCCAGAGCCGCCUUCAAGGAGUACGACUUUUACCGAGUCCUGCAUCUCGAGGUGGCGCGUUUGUUUGCGAAUGCCCUCGUUCGCGACAAGGUUCGCCUGCAGAAAGGUCAGUCGGUCUCGCUCGCUGCCAAGUGGUGCCCAAGUCUCAACCAGUUCCACGACAACCAGACCUUGAUUGCCAGCACGAUUGCCCAGAUCCUGUAUCCGACGAAGCUUGCAGGCGAAGACCAUGCUACCUAUGUCAACCGUGUCCGUCAGCUCUAUCGCCAGGAGUACUAUGUCCCCUUGCGUAAGGCGACACCAGUGCUGGAGACCUUUAUGACUUCCGACCGCUGGAACGAGAUUAUCUACAACCGUGUGCCAGCCGUCGCGAUGAAAAACAACAAGGAGCGGUUCGAGGCCCAUGACAAGGAGCGCUUUGCCGAGUACCUUGGGUCGGUGUCCAAGGGGGAGACCACUAUUGCUUCCCAGGCUCUGUUGCCACACCAGCUUGUGACCGAGGCGACGAGUCUCUUGAGUGUUGAUAGAGAAGAGUUGCGUGUCAAGACUGUCGAGGCCCAGUGGAAGUCGUAUGUCGAUCGGUUGGCCGAGUCAGGAAAGAUGGACUCGACGAUUGCUAUCUGCGAUGUCUCUGGAUCAAUGUCGGGUGAGCCCAUGGAGGUAUCUAUUGCAUUGUCAUUGCUGCUGGCCCAGUUGAGCCGUCCUCCGUUCAACCGUGUGGUACUGACCUUCUCGGCCGACCCUGAGAUCCAUAUCAUCAAGGAAGGAUCGCUAAUCGAUCAAGUGGAGUCGCUGAGGAGGAUGAGGUGGGGAGGCAACACAGAUUUGCAGAAGGCGUUUGGGCUGGUCCUUGAGCGGGCGGUGGCGAACAAGUUGCCAAAGGAAGACAUGGUGAAGACGAUGUUCAUCUUUUCAGAUAUGGAGUUUGACCAGGCUGUGCGGGGGGUGUCGACGUCGACAGAGUUGUUUACGAAUUAUUCGGUAGUGAAGCGCAAUUUUGAGACGGCGGGAUAUGAGCUGCCACAGAUUGUGUUCUGGAACCUUGCGGGGUCAAGCCGGGGAAAUAAGCCAGCGAAGGCGAACCAGAAGGGGGUUGCGAUGGUGAGUGGGUUCAGCGGGAUGUUGAUGAAGCUGUUUUUGGAUGGGUCCGACCUUGGGGCUGGUAUUGACCCUGUGGUGAUUAUGCGCAAGGCGAUCGACGACAAGUCGUUUGCGCGUCUGACUGUCCGGGACUAG